AGUAUGGUGCUGCCGUGUUGAUUUUUAUAGCCUUUAAAGAUUUUCAAUCACUGUUUGACUCGGCAGCAUGUGGAAUGAACCAGUUGCAGCUAAUAAAAAAAGCGAGAGUCUAUGUUUUUUUACGGGAUAUUCUUGAAAUCUUGCUUUUUUUCACUCCCACUCUUUGAUGUGAAUAUGUUUUAUAUGUUCUAAAAUUUGCUAGUUGUUCUUUACCUAUCAUCAUGAUGUGCCCGUCUUGUUUCUGCAAACUUUUGCUGUCGGUUUUAUUAUUUAUGAGAGGAGUUGCAAGCGCAGAUGAAACACGUCAAAAAAUUGAUCCACCGGCCAAGACGGCAUGCAACAGUUCAAUCAUUUUCUCCGAUGAUUUUGCGAAUAUUAAUCUAACCGUGUGGCAGUAUAACACCAGCAUAGGAUUCAACACAAUGAUACUCAAGGCCGGAGACAAGCCUCCGCGAGAAAAUAUUUUUGUCAAAGAUGGGGCCCUGCACAUUCAACCAGUGAUUUUAUCGGAGGAGUUCCGAAGGGAUAAAAUCCUGGACCCGAAACGAUGCAAGGAGAGUCCAAUCGAUGACGAGUGCAGGAGAGGAACGAAAUAUUUCUACGUACCCUCAGAUCAGAGUGGUCAUGCCACAACAAGGCAAAAGUUCAGCCUCCAAUACGGAUUGAUUGAGGCUCAAGUCAAAUUUCCAGCCGCUGACUGGAUCGCACCAGAAAUACGAUUAGUCCCUUCUGAUCAUACUCAUGUAUCGGCAUUAACUGGCCUGGUCCGGAUGGUCUUGAAAAAAUACCGUGACGUAAAAUCUGAGGACGGCCAUGACGUAUAAGAAGACGGAUUUUAGAGGGUUCGGUGCUGG